CUUCCUCCCACCACCAUGCCGAAAGCGUUCAAGCGCACAGUGUACAAGCCCCCGCUCUCGCGCAAGCUAGGCAAAAGCGACCCGGACGACGAAGAAGCUGCGGCGCAGGCGCACCUGCAUGGAAACAAGGAGGAAGACACUGGCUUUGGCUCGUCGGGCGUAGGGCUGGACAGCGGGCUGGGCGGCAUCGCGGGCUUGGUGCAGCGGGAGCGGGAGCUACAACGCGCAUGGAAUACCGACAACGCCUCGCGUGCCGCGGCGGCGACUGCGACUGCGACUGCGACUGCGACUGCGCCAGGCGUACAAGGCAAGCCGGCGGUCAAGGCCGAGCCUGCGCUUCCCGUGCGGCAGCAUGCAUAUACGAAAAUGGACGUUGACAAGCCCGUCGACGGCAAGGCGGAGCCGGGGUCGCUCUGCGUCCCGACCUUCGGAUCCGGAGGGGCGCCGGUCGGUGCAGCUGUCAAGCGAGAGAGUCUGGAGGUGGACGAGUCCCUCCGGGACGCGACUAGUAGUAGCACGGCCCUUAAGCGCGAGCCGAUCCCCGCGCGCCUCCCACCUGCCGCGACGCCUGCGUCUUUGGAUCAGAGAACGGAGGUGGACAAUUCCCGCCCCGGCCCCCGCCGGCGUUCCCGGCCCGAGGAUACCACCACAGCGACCGUCAGGCCCGCGGCGAGUGCUGCGCGGGUCCCGUGGGCGGGGCGGUUCACGCUCGUCGAGCUGCCGCAGACGCCCGAGCAGCGCGGCGCCGCGCGGCGCUACGGCGUGCACGCGACGUCGUAUCGCGCGGUGCCCGUGGCCGCGGUGGAGCCGGUGCCGGUGCGGGCGCCCAUCGCGCCGGCGCCAAAGCGGUUCACGGUGGUCGAGCUCCCGCAGACACCCGCGCAGCGCCGCGCGGCGCGGCUGUGCGGCGUGCACGCGACGUCGUACCGGGCAGUCCCCGUCGCCCAGGCCGAGCCGGCGCCUGCGCCUGCGCCGAUCCCGCGUCCACCGGCCCCGGCGCCCCAGCGUUUCACGCUUGUUGAGCUGCCACAGACGCGCGAGCAGCGGCGCGCGGCGGAGCGGUACGGCGUGCACGCGCGCACGCACCGCGUCGUGCCGAUCGGCCCGCCCGACUCGGAGCCGCACCGUGAUGCUCCUCCUGGCCAAAGACGAGGGGCUAGAUGUUAG